UCCAAAUCAGUUUGUUCGGCAGAGUCGCGGAGUAAACACGGCGACUACUUGGUGCGUGUACGCACACGCUGGCCGGCAGUCGCGUGGUCGCCGCUCGUAUAAUGCUCGCGCUCAAGGAGUGGGUCAAGCGGUUGGCGAUGCCAAGCGGCGCUGACCAGAAACCGGAGCGAGACGCCAGCAGGCCGAAACUCGGCUACAACGCGGCGGAGGAGGACUCGAGAUCGCUGGCUGUCAGGACGAUGAAGGUCGCGAGCGUGGCUGUCGGCACGGCCGAUGAUGCUGACGAUGCCGACGAUGCCGACGAUGCCGACGAGAAGGCUCUAGCCGGAGCGUCCCAGUGCGAGUGCCGCAACUGUCGCGCUUUGAUGAACCUGACCGAGUGCAGUCUCUGCUGCGAGUCUCUGCAAAGCAGACAGAUCCAAAGCUGCCCCGUCUGCGCCAACGUCGUUUGUAUCGGCUGCUCCUUGCAACUCGCCAGUUGCGCGUUUUGCCGCUCGAGACUGCCGUCCGAGAGGAAUCGUGCGCUCGAAAGACUUAUCGAUCGUUUGAGUUUACCAUGCAAGAACGCGAGAGCCGGCUGUGAUUUGCUGCUGGACGGUGAAAGCAGAUUCAUGCACGAGUCGCAGUGCAACUACGCCACGAUCGGUUGUCCUGUAGGUCGCGGCGUUUGCGGUUGGCGAGGUACCGUCGCCAGUGUGCAGCAUCACUUGCCGAGAGCCCACAAUCUGCAACCCCUGCACGACCACGGCAUCUCCGUCGAGAUACACAGCUUUAGGAGCAAGGCUAGAACCAACGAUGGACGUGUUUACACGGUCUGCCUCGCCUGCUACGAACAACUCUUCGUAAUCCGCGUAACCCUCUACCAGAAUCGCUUGCGCCUGUGUCUUAUCCGCCUAGGUUACGAAACGGAACAACCGCUGGGCUUGCGACCUCGACGUUACGGCAUCUCGGUGACGGUGAAAGCGCACGCUGGUCGUCGACGCCACGGACUCGUGCCUUUUGGCAAGUUCGAUCGCGAGCCUCGCGAGGUUAACGUCAGUUGCGACGAGCUUUACCACAAUAUCGAAUCCAGAAAAGAACAGGCAGGCAAGGACGAUCGCGUGAGAAUCGACUUGGAAGUCAAGCAGAUGAUGGAGGCUUAAAUAUAUUUUUUUAAGCAAAGCGUUUAUUAUUUUAUUUUUUAUUUUACGUAUAUAUCUUAAGUUCGUUCAUUUAAGUUCCAUUUAAGUCAAUGGAAUUGUUUUUUUAUUAAACUCGAGUGUUUUUUUGUUUACUUGAUAAUGCAAUUUAAUUUAUUACUAAAUACAUUUGUGAAACGUUCGCUAUUAUUUUUCGUACAGUAUUGUUUUAUUUUAAUGUACCUUUUGUAAUACCAUUGCAUUUUUGAUAGCAAUAUAUUAUGAAACUGAUUUUAUGUAGCUAUCAAAAUUUCGCAUAGAGUUUACCAUAGAACGUAAACUCCUUAACAAAUAUUCCAUAUUAAUAACUUUUAUUAUUGUAAGAGUAGUUACUUAUAAAAAGUAGGUUUUCCAAUAUAAUGCUUGUAAAAUUAUAGAUUACAACUGUAUAUUAUAAGAAUUGUUAAUUAACGUACAUUUUUAC